AGGAGUACCCUCCUUCUUAGUUGGAGCAACACUGCCUCCACUCGCUUUGGAACUAAAAUUGCAUAGCUAUCUGUCGUCGAUGCUUUGUGUCAACGAGCAGCAGCUGUCAGUGUUCGGUAGCUACAGCCGCUUGAAUGUAGCCUUAGCCAGGCAGGAGAUUGAAACGGACCAUCCGCAUGGGCUAUUUUGUCUCAACACCCAGCGGCAAGAUACGGAUCCAAGGAUGGUUUUAGUGCAUGUCGGAUAUCUGGUUCUACCUGUAUUCGGCUCAGUAAGAAAUAGAGGAUCCCACUUCAACAGGCAGCAGCAGCAGCAACAACAGCACAGCCAUGCUACCUCCUGCCGACACUUCCAGCUAGGUCCCCAGGCCCCGCUGCACAUGGACUUCACUAUGCCCCACCCAGGGCAGCCUCAGUCGGGCAUCAACCCCCACCUAGCCCCCCCCGGCCACCAGCACGGCCCUCAGAUCCACCCGCCCCUCAACCCCUUGCCUGCGCCCCAGUUCCAGGACCUCCCCACCCCACCCUUCCUACCUCAGGCCUUACACCAGCAAUACCUCCUCCAGCAGCAGAUCCUCGAGGCCCAGCACCGACACAUCUUGACCCCCUCCAGGCGUACCCCAGAGAGAGUCCCCCACCAGCCCCACAGGAUGAGGCCCGGGUUCGAGUUUGCCCCCCCACUCCAUGUCCCCCCACAGCCCGUGGUCCAGCAGCCCCGCUACCUGGCAGAGGGGACGGACUGGGACCUGAGUGUGGAUGCUGGGCUGCCCCCACAUCAGUACCACAUCCACCCUCUGCCACAGCACUACCAACACUACCUGACCUCUCCCAGAAUGCAUCACUUCCCCAGGAACAACGCCUCCACACAAGUGGUGGUCCAUGAGAUCAGGAACUACCCGUAUCCACAGCUCCACCUACUGGCCCUCCAGAGCCUCAACCCUUCCCGCCACGCAUCGGCUGUCAGGGAGAGCUACGAGGAGCUUCUCCAGUUGGAGGACAGGCUGGGCAGCGUGAACAGAGGAGCCGUCCAGACCACCAUUGAGAGGUUCACCUUCCCUCACAAGUACAAGAAGAGGGUCCUUCAGGACGUGAAGAUGUGUCUGGAGGACGAAGAGCUGGAUACAGAUGAGAAGUGCACCAUCUGCCUGUCCAUGCUGGAGGACGGGGAGGAUGUCAGGAGAUUACCCUGCAUGCAUCUCUUCCACCAAUUGUGCGUGGACCAAUGGUUAGCCACCAGUAGGAAAUGCCCCAUUUGCAGGGUGGACAUUGAGACCCAGCUGACACCAGAGAGUUGAUGCCUCCUCUCCACCCCUGGCGCUCUGGAUCUGGUCUCGUAAUUCCCCUUCGCCCCCCCCCCCCCGCCCCUAGGGGGAGCUCUGCCAAACUAACCCUCUUAACAUCUGCAUCACGCUUCUAAUCCUGCCUUCUGAGCCUGCUGGAGAGGACAACCAAACGAAGAGGAGAUGGGGUGAACCAAGCACACAAAUUAAACGCAGCGAGUGGGGCCUCCGUUGGAUGGACGGACUGAUUUGAUGACAGGAUGGAUGGCUAGGACCGAUGGAAGGAUGCGAAGAACGAGAAGAGGAAAGGCAGAAUGUAUAGACAGAUGUGCUAAGCCCUAGAUGGUUCUCUGUUGUAUUGUGAACACUACUCUUGCUAACCCCAAAUCCAACUGUCAUUUUGAUCAAGAUACUCAGAGACCAGGUGGUGACCCCCAGUUGACCCCUUGACUCCACUUCCCCCAGUGUUUGGUAUUGUGUUGAGACCUACAGAACAGUUCUCGCUGUUCUCUCAGACUUUUGGUGUCCCCCUUCUCUUCCUCCAAUCCUGGCUUGGAAAGAUUCCCUAAAACGAGGGGUUUUCUGACAGGACAGGGAGGGGGGGCGACGCAGGAGCGGUCUCGUUUGAUCUGUGUGUGGCUUGAUGCUAAUGGUGUUCUGGAGUAAAGUCUUGUCAUUGAUCGCAAAGUGUGCCCGGCAGAGAGUUCCAGUGUUGUGUAGCAAGCAGAGGCACGGCUUGAGAAUGUGAAAACACAAAAGAAUCUCGUCUCUCACUCUUAACAGACUAUGUUUGGCAGCGCGGCCACGCGUCAUAGGUCAGGAGGAGAGACGAUGGGAGUUGGAUCGACAAAAAAAAGAAAAGUCCCUCCCUCCCUCCCACACACACUCCCCCCCCCCCCCCCCCCCCGAAAAUAUCCUCCUACAUGGGUUUGGAUCUUGAGUAGGAUCCAUCUGAUUGGAAGGUGGCAUUGUAGCGCUACCCGCAGGCAUGGCUUGAGUUCAGUGAUGUGUCGUUGUGCCGUAGAGUCCCGUCGCCCCUCCACACACACACACACGCGCACACGCACACCUAGAGCGGGGGCCUCAUCUGAUCUGCAUGCUGUCUGUGUGGCAGGCUUGGGCUGUGUUGUGAUUGUGGAACAGUAAUGCCAGUAGUAGGGCUGUCUAUCUGUCUGUCUGCAUGUUAACCAUAUACAGGGGGGCAGAGCUCAUCCUUCGAGUCACAUUCUGGUAGACACAGACCUCACACACACACGGUUCCGUGGACCUGUUUCCGCCUAGUGAUUCGUACGACUGCCGCUAGCCCUACAGGUUAGGGUUGGUCCUACUGGUUCACAUGAGGGUGUAGGCUGGCUUUACUAAAGAUUUGGCUGGUAUUCCCUAAGGUCAGGUUAGCCUCACGGGCUGAGCCUGAGCUUUGCACCCGCAGAUGAGUAGAUUGUGGGUCUGUGUCUACUAGAAACUCAGUACUUGUAGUAGCCUCAUCCAUAGCACGACCUGUGGGGCUGGCAUGGGUUUGAGGAUGCAGUGCCUGUAUGUGUGUGUUAGCUAGGAGUGACUAGAGCAUAGACUACCAGUUGUAUGACUAUACCAGUACCUUAUUGCCUACAGGACAAGCACAUGUGAUUUUAACCUAGUAAACCGCCUUUGUUGUGUAUUGGCUUCCCUUUCAUUUCAAAUCUCUGUUGCUCCCGUCGUUUGAUCAAAUGAAAAAAUAUAUAAUUGCGUCUUGUGUUACGGGAAGCGUCUUAUAUAGUUGGCCUGUGUUCUAUGUGCUAGAAUGUGUAUGGUUGUCUCCCCCAUGAUAGUGGUGUAUGGUAUUGCUAGAACAACUGUGACAGGUUCAGUGGUAGAAGCUCUAUUUCAUGCAUGAACAAUGUUGGUGUGCAUCACCCUAACAAGUGUGAAAAGGGAGAAAAAGCCAUUCGUUUGAAAAGAAAAAAAAAUUACCAACCAAACAAUUCUUGUUCUCAGUAUUUAGGAUGUGUCGUUUUGUUUUUGAAUGUCUUAUCUUCCAUUUCCUUUUCAUUCUUUCUCUUCUUUUUUUGUUGUUAUUUUUGUUUCAGCUGAUAUGUUUUGAUUGGCAUAGAUCAUACCAACUCGGGCAUAGGACUUGACAAGGCCUACUUAAGUCCCGGUUCGGUUUUUUACCAUUUUAACGAUUAUAGCUGCAAUGAUGCAUACAUAUAUUUAUUGUUGUUAUAAUGUAGCUUGUGUUUUGUAAAUGCACUAUAAUAUGGAGCUGCCUGAGUUUGGUGGUGUGGCUGCGUGGGGUCUCCUUGUUCUAGCUUAUGCGUCUGUGUUAAGUCACGAGCAUCUUCAUACUUCCUUGCGUGCUAUGGGAGAAUAACUUGAUGGCGUUGCAUUUGAAUUUUUGGGUUUUCUUUGUCUAAAAACCUCCACUUGGGAAAAAAACUGAAGACAGAUGACCGUGGAGGGUCGCUAGUUCACAUAGAAUGCUGUGAUUUAAGAUGCCUUAAGUAUUUAACAAUCAUAAUUUAUUACUAACUGUAGCUAGCUAUUGUGGUGGCAUAUUCAAUGUCUUUAUUUCAUAACUUUGCAAUCUAAUCAAUAUAUUUAUUUAGAAAUAACAUAAAAUGUAUUAAAAAAAACAAUACCUCAUUAUGCAUUGGUGGUUGGGAAGCUUCAGCAUGCGGGUGAGUUAAAGUAAAAGAGACGUAGUUGGGGUUCGAGUGUUCUGAACACGGUUCAUAGCUAACGUGGUGCUGUUCAGAUCUGCGUAACAUUCCAUCCGCUUAAUCUCCCAGGUCCUUCAUCUGUCAAGUGGGCAUCUUUAAUUAGCUUGGCGGGAUUGAUAGAGCAUGUAGCACCCGCGCGCCAGUCUCAUAUAGCAUGGCCUGUUUACUCUGACAUUGGGAAAACAAUACAGCUUUAUUUUUUUAUGUUCCGUUUUUUUCUUUUUUCUUUCUAAUUGAUCAGACAACGUUUGUGUAUUUGGCAUCGUAGGAUCUAAAGUCAGUGCAUAUUUGAAAACCCAAAUGAAUAACUGUAACUUGGUACUUUGUAUUGCUGGCAAAUGCUACGUGGGUGUGCAUGUGUGUGCGUGCGUGUGUGAAUGAGAGAAAGAGACAUUAGGGAGGCAGUUAACAAACUAAUUUGAGCUAAUGAUCUUAUUGCAAAAGCAGCAUUUUUCUGAUGUAUAACUGUGGUCUACAGUAGUAAAUAUGUUCCACACUUGGGAUCGAUAAUAAGCUAACCACUUGUUUUUUCGCAGUGCAUUUACUUAACUAUGUAUUAAUCCUACAUAUAAUUGUACCAUAUAUUGGAUUGGAUUGAAGCAGACGGAUCUUAUUAGUAUGGUUUUCCCGCUCUCACUGGUCUUAGCCCCACGCCCUUCUCAGCACAGCACAGCGCAUUACAGUCCGUUACUUCAGACCAAACUGGACCGUAGCCAUAGUAUUAACCGAAGCUGGCGAACUGAACGUAGAUCAAUAAGCACAAGCUCUCUAAUGCAUGUCUUCUCAGGUUUUCUAUGUGUAUGUGGGGGUAGCUCUGUAGACGUGUUUCAUAUGAUGCUGUACCUUCUUGAAUAUUACAGAUGUUUCUUUGCUGCUGAUAAAAUGUUGUUUAUUAACCUGCCAGUGAAAAAAGGGAAGCGGCCAUCUUUGUACAACACACUGCUGUUUUGCUGUUACCGCGCAAUGUUUUAUGAUCUGGAGUAUUUUAUAGACAACGUAGAGGUAUGUAUCAAUAAUAUGAAAGCAAUAGCUAAAUCAUUAUGAAGAAUAUCAUGAUCAGUGAACAUUGUGGAGACUCUUUAGAUUCACUCUGGGUGGAUUUUGUACUGUAUUUAUUACUAAUGAAGCAAAAAGUUGCAUAGCUUAACCCAAACUGUUCUGUCUUCUUUUUUUAUUUUUUAUUUAUUGUCUUGUAUAGGAUCUUUUUGUAUGUGUUUUACAAAUAAACUGCCUAAAAUGCUUA